AGCACAUACGCAGUUCAUUGCUAACCUGCAUGCGCGCCUCAGCUGCGCCUCAAAUGGUCCUUUAAGGAACAGUUCAUUGGAUUAAAUACAGAUCCUUCAGAAUUUGUGGCGUCACGAUGACCAAGCCUGCUCUGAUCACCUCCACGCUGCUGUUUACUCAAGUGUUGUGUGUAUUUGGGGGCAAGAUCCUGGUUUUCCCUUUGGACGGAAGCCACUGGGUAAACAUGAAAGGAAUCAUAGAGGUUCUUCAUGCCAGAGGCCACCAGAUCACCGUAGCGAGGACCCCUGACAGCUGGUACAUCACGGAAAAAUCUCCUUUCUACACGUCCGUCAAUCUUCCUGGUCAAGACGAGUUUAAGUAUCACUUUGAACUCUUUGUUGCUCAAAACCUGCAAAUUAAAGUUCAGAGGAAUGCCGAGUCUCUUCUCCACAUUUGGGACAAUAUUCAGCAGGAGCUGAGGGUGAUAAGUCAGUUUCGUGUUUUCCACGCCAAGCAUUGUGACACAAUAGUUCAGAUGUUUGAAAAUGAAACGUUGAUGCAGUACUUUCACCAUGCCAAAUACGACGUGGUGCUGACCGAUCCCGGCAUUGGUGGAGGCACGAUGCUGGCACGUCGUCUCCAAGUUCCGCUUAUUUAUAACGUCAGGUGGCACAUUCAAGGCGAAGCUCAUUCCCUUAUCGCACCGUCCCCUCUGGCGUACACUCCUUUUGUUGCGACACUGCUAACCGAUAAGAUGACCUUUCCUCAGAGAGUCCAUAACGUUGUGGCUUAUGUCUUGGGUUCUUUGGCAAUGUCGUACGUAACAGAGCCUUACUACAAAUCAGUCGUUAAGCGAUACUUUGGUGCCGAAACAGAUUACUCUUCCUUUUUUUUGGAUGCUGACAUAUGGCUUAUGAGAAAUGAUUUUGUCUUUGAAUUUCCCCGACCCACAAUGCCAAACGUGAUCUACAUGGGAGGGUUUCAGUGCCAGCCACCAAAACAGCUCCCCGCCAACCUGGAGGACUUCGUUCAGAGCUCUGGCGAUCACGGGAUCGUGAUGAUGACUUUAGGAACUCUAGUUGGCAGUCUUCCUCGAGUUCUUGUUGAAGAAAUUGCCGCAGCAUUUUCCCAGCUGCCUCAGAAGGUGAUAUGGCGGUAUUUGGGAGAAAAGCCCGCCAACCUGGGCAACAACACCUUACUGGUCGACUGGCUCCCACAGAACGACCUCUUGGGACAUCCAAAAACAAGAGUCUUUGUCACUCACGGAGGCACCAACGGUGUGCAAGAAGCAAUUUAUCACGGCGUUCCGAUUGUUGGACUUCCAUUAUUUUUCGAUCAACCUGACAACGUCAACAGAAUUCAAGCAAAAGGGGGAGCGGUGAAUGUGGAUAUCGCCACGCUGGAUAGGCGCAUCUUUGGAGAAGCUCUGAUGACAGUUCUUCACAAUUCAUCUUACCGGGAUACCAUGCAGAAGCUCUCCAGGCUGCACCGGGAUCAGCCUAUCAAACCGAUGGACCAAGCCGUCUUUUGGAUAGAAUACGUCAUAAGACAUAAAGGAGCGGCCCAUCUGAAGGCAAAAUCCGUCCAAAUGUCCUGGUUUGUUUACCACUCAAUUGACGUCAUGGCUGCCUUGCUAUUGGCUCUUUUGCUUGGAAUAUUAAUCUGCUUUUUUCUUUUGAAAUUCAUAUGGAAGGUGUUGUGCGGUGGGAAAAAGGCAAAAAAAAAAAAUAAGGCUAAAGAAGAAUAAAAUAUAUUAACUGCUGCUGUGAUAUUAACAGUUUUAUGUCUUGUAGAUGAGGUGAUAAGUCAAUUUAUCACCUCAUAUUUUCUUUUCUAUUUUGUUUAUAUUUUCAUACAUUUUUUUUAUUUAGAUAUAUUUAAAAUGAUGGAAAACCUGGCUGUUUUGCUUGGAAUAUUAAUCUGCUUAUUUCUUUUGAAAUUCAUAUGGAAGGUGUUGUGCGGUGGGAAAAAGGCAAAAAAAAAAAAUAAGGCUAAAGAAGAAUAAAAUAUAUUAACUGCUGCUGUGAUAUUAACAGUUUUAUGUCUUGUAGAUGAGGUGAUAAGUCAAUUUAUCACCUCAUAUUUUCUUUUCUAUUUUGUUUAUAUUUUCAUACAUUUUUUUUAUUUAGAUAUAUUUAAAAUGAUGGAAAACCUGGCUGUUUUGCUUGGAAUAUUAAUCUGCUUUUUUCUUUUGAAAUUCAUAUGGAAGGUGUUGUGCGGUGGGAAAAAGGCAAAAAAAUAAAUAAGGCUAAAGAAGAAUAAAAUAUAUUAACUGCUGCUGUGAUAUUAACAGUUUCAUGUCUUGUAGAUGAGGUGAUAAGUCAAUUUAUCACCUCAUAUUUUCUUUUCUAUUUUGUUUAUAUUUUCAUACAUUUUUUUUAUUUAGAUAUAUUUAAAAUGAUGGAAAACCUGUUUACAACUUUCUUAAUACGGUUUUUAACAUUUAACAAGCCCUCUCGUCACCAUUACACAUUUACACUGGGAUUGCCCAAUAUAGUAGACAUCAUAAGAGAAA